AGUUCCUUGAAGGAUCCAGAAUAAAGUGAUUAAUUCGAUGAUCAAGAAAAGAACCUUGGUGGUAGCCAGGGGGCAGUCGAUAUCCAUAUCGACUGCACUGCCAAGGCCGGUCUUCUUGGUUACCUUGACGCCAGCCAUUACCACCAUCAUACAACUAUGAACAGAAGGAAUCUGGUAUCAAUUACAAUCUAUUCUUGGACAAGGCUAAAGCUAUUCCAAAUCCGGGUGUCACACGGUUGUCCACACGGCAUUCCUGACAGGCGAUCGAACCAACUAUCGGUCCAGUCUACGGCAUAACAACCACCAACAACCAUCAGAGCAAUCAUCGCCAACCAAAGAGAUCAGGGCGGCCGACCGAAGUGAGUUGCCGAACGAAAUCCGGUACCGAAUUGAUAUGCCGGCCAGCUUAAAGGAGGUGGCCCCGAAACAGAAACAGACAGUCAGGAUCAAUUCCCUGCCCUUUCUUUCCCAACCGCAGGAAACCAUGGCAACAACGAUCAAAGUCGCAGUCACACAGGCCGAGCCGAUCUGGCUGGAUCUUCAGGCGUCCAUCCAGAAAGCGGUAUCGCUCGUCCACGAAGCCGCAAGCAAUGGCGCAAAGAUCGUUGCAUUUUCCGAGACAUGGGCCCCGGGCUACCCUGGUUGGUGUUGGGCCCGACCGGUCGACCCGGCGCUGAACACGAAGUAUGCGUACAACUCCCUCACAGCCAACUCGCCCGAGAUGGAGCAGCUCCAACAAGCUGCCAAGGAAGAUUCAAUCGCGGUCGUCAUCGGCUUCUCGGAGCGCAGCUCUUCCGGCAGCCUGUACAUUGGACAGGCCAUCAUCUCGCCCCAGGGAGAGGUGGCGUUGCAACGCCGCAAGCUCAAGCCGACGCACAUGGAACGCACAAUCUUCGGCGACGGGUCCGGCCCGGACCUCAACUGCGUCGCAGAGCUCGACUUCGGGUCGGAGCUGGGGUCCAUCAAGGUCGGCACGCUCAACUGCUGGGAACACGCUCAGCCGCUCCUCAAGUUCCACGAGAUCCAGCAGGGCGUCGUCAUUCAUAUCGCCAUGUGGCCACCCAUCGACCCCUACCCGGGCGUCGAAUUUCCGGGUCUGUGGAGCAUGACGGCCGACGGGUGCCAGAACCUGUCGCAGACGUUCGCCGUCGAGAGCGGCGCGUUCGUGCUGCACUGCACCGCCGUGUGCAACGAGAGCGGCAUCGAGGCCAUGGACACGCGCAACGGCAUGGUGUUCCGCGAGCCCGGCGGCGGCCACAGCUGCGUCAUUGGCCCCGACGGGCGACGCCUUACGCAACCCCUGGCCGACAAGCCGAGCGCCGAGGGUAUCGUGUAUGCCGACCUGGACCUGACCAGGGUGGUGACCAACAAGAGUUUCCAGGAUAUCGUCGGCCACUACAGCCGCCCCGACCUCCUCUGGCUUUCGUACGAUAAGGAGAAGAAGGAUGCUGCGGUACAUCGGAACUGACACCGUGAUCCGAAGGGGAUCAUGGUUCGUGGGAUGAUCCGGAAGUCAAGUAGACGGGGAUUCGUCUCGUAGCACAACCACAGGCACCGGCAGUUGUCAAUAAACACCCGUGGGCGGCCGCUUGCUGCGCAAUUCGUAGUGACCUUGAGAAGCUUUAUCCAUUCUUCGUGAUAACGAAUGACUACCCCGACUUGUAAUAAGAGCUGCAAAUGCCAAUGGAUGACGACCAAGUGCCUUGAUUCGAACAGUUUCCCUUAUCUAUCCAUAUAAUCUUUUUCAUGCUCUCGCUGAUCAAACCCGUCGAAUACGUCCGAGUCAUGAGGCCUGUUCCGUUCCGCUAUUCUAUUCCGCUCUUAUCCGGGCGGGAAAUACCCGGACGGGCCGAACCUUAACGCGGCAGGAAGACAUGACAAUAGCCAAGGGCGUUGCCUCCAUCCAGCCACACAUGCAGCCAUGUACAGGACGGAACUCCGUGAUCCCUUCGGCCCACGUUUGACGGGGUUUCUUGGAUGUCUGAGGUUGACCGUGAACACUAGCUCAGUACUGGACAUUGUUAGAAUAAGCCAAAAUCAACGCUAAUAAAUCACUAAUAAAUAUUUGGACGACUGAGGAACAUUGGUGGUAACACA